AUCCGUAGCCAUCGAUCUCUGUGGUGCUUGCCAGAUCUGCGGCUGUGCUGUCUGUGGUAAGAAACACCGGGUGGACGGUGAUUCCUGAAUGAGCUAUGGAGCAGAUCAGCAAUAUCGAGGUGGUUCCGUGCGACAGCUCCCAUUACCUGAGACCGUUUCGGGUGCACUAUAGCCAGAAUGGGACAAAAAAGUACUGGGACUUCAUGCGGACCCAUGACAGCGUGUCAGUGCUGAUCUUCAACACCACAGCCCACUGCUUCAUCCUGGUCAAGCAGUUCCGUCCAGCCGUCUACAUGUGUGAGUGGGAGAGGAACAAGCGGAAGGAGAAAGGCCCCGAGGAGCCGGUGGAUGUCCAUGCAGACCCCCCCCCGGCAUCAGCAGGGGUUACGUACGAGUUGUGUGCGGGGCUGGUGGACAAGCCCCACCUUUCCCUGGAGGAGAUUGCCCGGCAGGAGGUCCUGGAGGAGUGCGGCUAUGAUGUGCCAGCAGAUAAGCUGCGGAGGAUCACCUCCUACAGGUCUGGCGUGGGCGUGACCGGUGCCAAGCAGACCCUUUUCUACGCGGAAGUAUCGGAUGAGAACCGCGUGGGUGAAGGCGGAGGCCAGCCGCAGGAGGGGGAGCUCAUCGAAGUGGUGAAGGUGCCCCAGCACGAGGCCAUGAACUUUGCAUAUGAUGAGAGCAUCCCUAAGAGCAUGGGGGUCAUCUUCUCCUUCAUGUGGUUCCACAACAACAUGUCGCCCAAGUUUAAGAUCUCCACCAGCGUGUAGCCACUCGUCCAUCUUCUCCAUAGUCUUCAUACGUGACUAUUGAUUUUUUAAUUUAUUUUAUCUUCUGAUGAAGCUACUUAUUUUUCCUUUUUACACCCUGAAAGCUGAUAUUAUGCACUGAUUCAUUUUUGCAAGACCUGGGUGCUGUUCAAAAGGUCAGGUUUUGCUUACACUAACUGGUUGUAAUUGAGGGUUUUAUGUCAUUGGUCCAAACCCAGUUGUCUGUGUUGCAAAAUUAUAUCCUCCCUCUGUAACCACUGGCAAGGUAUGGACUUCCUUACCUUCAGGAGAAGCUUGAAUGGCCCAAGAGAGGCAGCGUCGCUUGCAGGAGGAAGUCUGUGCUCAGGACUGAGGGGCUGACACUCUGCUCAGGAGACUCCUUCGAAAUGUCCGUGCUGCGGUUGCAGUGACCAGAAAAGUUCUGAUUCUGAAGCUGACAGCUGCCCAGGGAAUUAAAAUGCACAGGGACAGUCAACCUUAAAAUCUCCUGCUGGAAUCUCAGGUCCAAAACGAUGCUUUUGUGAAAUGGCGCGUCUUUCAGGGACUUGUGAAACACCAGAUUUCUACUCUUUAUAAUGAAGCUUUACACCUCUGAGAGCGGUUACAGUAGGAGAUGCCCCAUAUGAAGGAUAAGGGUCUCGUACGCCACGUCCGGUGUGACCCGGCGACCAUGUGACACCAUUGGUCAUGUGUCAGGGCUGUUUUCCUCACAUAUCUGUGCCAGUUGUCUGUGUUUAGUUUGAGACCAAUGAACUCAGAGGCUUAAACAUGAGUCUAUCCGAUCCUGCGGAAUCAGGGUCCAGGGUGUUUUAAAGGGCACAUUUCAAUUAGCACCUGCUUUGUGCCUGAAUUAUCAGGUGAGGCAAGUAACUGCCUAAUUCAUGGCUUCAAUAAAGCAGUCCAGGGCUGGAUGUGUAUCUCCGCUUGUGGCCAGGGCUGAAUGUAUACCUCUGCUUGAGGCCAGGGCUGGAUGUGUACCUCUGCUUGAGGCCAGGGCUGGAUGUGUACCUCUGCUUGUGGCCAGGGCUGGAUAUGUACCUCUGCUUGAGGCCAGGGCUGGAUGUGUACCUCUGCUUGAGGCCAGGGCUGGAUGUGUACCUCUGCUUGUGGCCAGGGCUGAAUGUAUACCUCUGCUUGAGGCCAGGGCUGGAUGUGUACCUCUGCUUGUGGCCAGGGCUGGAUGUGUACCUCUGCUUGUGGCCAGGGCUGGAUGUGUACCUCUGCUUGUGGCCAGGGCUGGAUGUGUACCUCCGCUUGUGGCCAGGGCUGAAUGUAUACCUCCGCUUGAGGCCAGGGCUGGAUGUGUACAUCCGCUUGAGGCCAGGGCUGGAUGUGUACAUCCGCUUGAGGCCAGGGCUGGAUGUGUACAUCCGCUUGAGGCCAGGGCUGGAUGUGUACAUCCGUUUGAGGCCAGGGCUGGGCUUCCCUCAUUUACAUUAAUGAUCACACUGCUGACACUUUGGAUUUGACAGUUCGUCGGUAGAGCAUGAACAAUGUAACAUUCUCUGUUUUCCUAACAACUUUACACUUACUUUCUUACCUUGUGGCCUGAUGUCACACGUUUAAUUUUUUCCGGAAAGUACUUAUUUCAGCACACGCCCAAAAAUAUACAUUUUUACAUGUGACUUCUCCUUUUUUUUGCUUGUUUGUUUUUUGUCAUCAAUGCUGCUUUUAAUUUUAACCAGGGCAAGAACUUCUCGAUUGCAGAAUUAUUCGCUAGUUUUAGCUGUCCCAUGGUGAGGUGAAAUGCUUCCACUUUUGAGUUUUGAGGAAGAACUGCUUUCAGAACAGAAAGCCAUCAUAAAGGUGUAGGUGAUGGUGGACCGUCCAUAUUAAAGGUAUAAGUGAUGGUGGACUGUCCAUCUUAAAGGUGUAGGUGAUGGUGGACCGUCCAUCUUAAAGGUGUAGGUGAUGGUGGACCGUCCAUCUUAAAGGUGUAGGUGAUGGUGGACCGUCCAUCUUAAAGGUGUAGGUGAUGGUGGACCGUCCAUCUUAAAGGUAUAAGUGAUGGUGGACCGUCCAUCUUAAAGGUGUAGGUGAUGGUCAUUAUCCAGAAAUCACAAUGACAAGUCAUCUGCCACAUGAGACACUUCUGAUGUCAAAUGAAAGCUGCUGUUUUUUCAGUGAGUCAUAGAGAAGACGUCUCCCCACACCCCUUUGUAUUCCCAUAUGGAGCUUUGAAUAUGCUAUUCUAGAUGAUGUCGUGCGGUACUUUUCAUUUUUAAAAUGCAAACCUGAUUUUGUAUGCAGUUACUGUUAUUUUUUAAACAUCACUUUUUCCUGUCGGAUGGCACUUUGCGCACAUAGUGAGACAAAUAAAUAAAUGUGUUCA